AUGCCGGCUAAGGAGUCUCUCCAGAGCGUCCAGGUUUUCAUCAGGAAGGAAAACGCUAUUGCAGUUGCUCAUUGCAAAACAGGAAAUGGCCUGAUUAAGGUGAAUGGACAGCCCCUGAAAACAACUGAACCCAGAACUCUCCAAUACAAACUGCUUGAACCAGCACUUCUUUUGGGCAAAGAGUGCUUUGCAGGAGUUGACAUAAGGGUCCGUGUGAAGGGUGGUAGUCAUGUGGCCCAGAUAUAUGCAAUUCAUCAAUCUAUUUCCAAAGGACUGGUGGCUGAUUACCAGAAAUAUGUUGAUGAAGUUUCUAAGAAGGAAAUAAAGGUCCUCAUCCAGUAUGAUAGGACCUUGUUAGUUGCUGAUCCUCCACGUUGUGAGCCCAAGAGGUUUUGUGGACCUGGUGUUUGUGCACAUUACCAAAAAUCCUAG